UGAUAUAAAAUCCCUCUGAUGUUUCACUUUCUUCUCUAAACCUAUUUAAUACCCAUCAAAUCCAGAGGCCUCCCCCUGUUUGGGGGAUCAGUGGUUCCCAGCUGGUAACAGGAGAGUUGGCUGGACCCUUUUCUUUUCUCCAGCUGGCACUGGGUGAGGAGGUCACUGUGAGUGCAGCAUGGGUCCAGAAGUAUCCCAAACCCCAUGGCAAAGGGUCUGUGUGGGGGGUUGAUUCCCGCAGUGCUAAGAUGUAGCUAGUAACAGGGCAUGGACCUUUCUUGCCCUCCAGGCCUUCCAUUCUCCUGUUAAAGAAGCACCCCCCAGGGAUCCCUCUGCUUGUGUGACUGGCCAGCAGGGGGCAGUAAUAACUUUCUAUCCACUUAGCAGACACAGUGAGGGCUGCAGAAUGACGUCCAUGUUUUUCUCCAGCUCAUCCCAUCCUCCCAUGACACGGGGAAGAGAAAUGGCUGCAGUGGAGCCAGCCCAGGGGCCGGUAACCUUCGAGGAGGUGGCUGUGUAUUUCACCAGGGAGGAGUGGGCUCUGCUGGUCCCCACUCAAAGAGCCCUCUACUGGGAUGUCAUGCAGGAGAACUAUGAGAAUGUGACCUCACUGGGGUUUCCAGUUUCCAAACCUCCUAUAAUCUCCCAGCUGGAACAAGGGGAAGAGCCCUGGGUCCCAGACCUCCAGGGUUCAGAGGAAAGAGAGAUCCAGAGAGUUCCCUGCACAGCUGAGGAAAGAUUAAACCAACUCAGAAUCUGAAGCAUAGCAGUGAGAUCUCUACUGAAAGCUUGUAGAUUGUUACCCCUGAUCACUGCAAGAGGUGUGUAUGAGUCCUAUUGAAGGAG